AUGCCCACUUGCACAAACGGCCGUGUGCUUUUCAAUUCCAUCCCCGAAGGUUACCCUGAACCUGGGAAGACUACAGUAUACGACGAUUCUCAAGUAAUCGAUACGGCUCAUGUUGAACUCAACGGGGGUUUCCUUGUGAAAAUCCUUGAGCUUUCCAUUGACCCAUACAUGAGAGGACGCAUGCGCGAUCCUUCCGUAGAAUCUUAUGCUUCCGCGUUCCAAAUUGGACAACCAUUAAAUAGCCAUGGAAUUGGCGUUGUCAUUCGUUCGGAGAAUCCUGAAGUGAAGAAGGGAGAUCAUCUGCAUGGUUUAUUCGAACAUCAAAACUACGUUGUACGAAAAAACCUUGAGGGACUUCAAGUUGUUCAAAAUCCCAAUAAUCUGCCAUGGUCGACGUUCAUUGGGGCGCUCGGAAUGCCAGGCAUGACUGCCUAUACCGGUUGGAAGGAGUUUUCGCACUCCAAGAGGGGUGAAACCGCAUUUGUCACGGCUGGUGCUGGACCUGUUGGGUCGAUGGUGAUACAGCUCGCUAAGCUGGAUGGUCUACGGGUCAUCGCUUCUGCAGGAUCUGAGGACAAGGUGAAGUUCUUAAAGGAGAUAGGGGUCGACGUUGCUUUCAAUUACAAAACCUGUAAUACUGCAGAAAUUCUAGCAAAGGAGGGACCAAUAGAUAUUUACUGGGACAAUGUUGGAGGAGAAAGCCUCGAGGCUGCCCUUGAUGCUGCUAAUGUGGACGGAAGAUUCAUUGAAUGUGGAUUUAUAUCUGCGUAUAAUGACCCCAACGGCGUUCCAGUCAGAAACCUGGCCAACGUCUUUGCUAAAAGCUUGUCGCUAAACGGAUUUAUUGUCACGCGGCUUCAGGACAAGUAUUUUGAUGAGUUCUACAAGACGAUUCCUCCACUCGUAGCCUCAGGGAAGAUUAAGCAUAAAGAAGAGGUUUGGGAAGGUUUGGAUAAAGUGGGCGAGUUUAUUCUUGCCGUGCAGAAAGGAAAGAACACAGCAAAGGCUGUUAUUCAUGUAGGCGAUGAGGAGUAG